GAAAUCUGCUGCAAUAUGUUUCGUGGUUUUUCCUCAUUCUUUGUUUGUUGUCUGUCUGUCGUUCCAGGUGUUGGAAAGAGCAGUCUUCUCCUGCGCUUUGCAGACAACACUUUUUCAGGUAGUUACAUCACCACUAUAGGAGUCGACUUCAAGAUCCGGACGGUGGAGAUUAAUGGAGAGAAGGUGAAGCUGCAGAUAUGGGACACAGCCGGACAAGAGCGAUUCCGAACCAUCACAUCUACGUAUUACAGAGGAACCCAUGGGGUCAUAGUAGUGUAUGAUGUCACCAGUGCUGAGUCCUUUGUCAAUGUGAAACGAUGGCUGCAUGAAAUAAACCAGAACUGCGAUGAGGUCUGUCGAAUAUUAGUGGGCAAUAAAAAUGAUGAUCCAAACUCUAAGGUUGUGGAGACGAAUGACGCACAGAAGUUUGCUGAGCAGAUGGGCAUCAGUCUGUUUGAGACGAGUGCAAAAGAAAACAUCAACGUGGAGGAGAUGUUUAACUGCAUCACAGAGCUGGUGCUCCGGGCAAAGAAAGAGUCUGUGGCCAAACAGCAGCAACAGCAGCAGAACGAUGUGAUUAAACUCAGCAAGAAUAGCAAACGAAAGAAAAAAUGCUGCUAGUGGACGAACAGACGUUCCUCUGCACGGCGGUCUGCACACCAAGACGGACUGUGAUCAUCUCAGUUAAGAUUUCACAAAAACACAGUGCGGACAAAUGCAGUCCUUUUCUGGACCGAGACAAACCACAAAGACUUUUUAAAAGAAAAUGUACAGAUUUUAUGAGAGUCAAGGAGUUUUAUGUGGAAUUCGUGAUAUUUAAUAAAAGAUCCUCCUUCUUUAUUGAAGGACCAGCAAGCUGACGUGAUCGCCAAACCGUGCAGGUUUCUGUAUGCUUUCAGAAUUACUCUUCAGUGAUUAUAUAUCUCUUAUUAUCCACCAUCUCAGGAGUGAUUUUUAUUUUCUUCUUCUUUCUUCUGCUUCUCUUUUUUUGUGGAAUGCCAGUGUUUUUUUUCCUGCAAGAACAAUUUGGGCCUUUUCCUCCGUUUCUGCAUUAUUAUUUUUAUUUUUAUGAAAUCAUACAAAUACA